AUGGCCCCCCACCCCGAGGGGCUGCGCUGGUACCAGAUCCCCCUCUCCUCCACCCGCAUACCCCGCUCGGGGCUCUUCAGCUAUGGUUUCCAGGCCAGCCUCCAGCGCUACCAGCAGCUCCGUGCCCUCAAGAACCUCCGGGUGGGCCGCCCCAUCGCCCCGCCGCCCCCCGGCCUGUUGGAGCCCUGGCCCCCUGGCCCCCCACCCGCCAACAGCCCUCCCCGGGUCUCCCACCGCCCACGGGGCGCCGGCAGGGCACGAGCUCCCCAGCGCCCCAAGAAGUCUCCUGGCACCAGGAAACGGGUGAGCAGAGGGCAGCAGCCUCCUGGCCCCGCUCAGCCCCAUGCCAACCGGCAGGAUGUGGCCAGCCAGGGCUCCCCAGGAUGCCAGGUGGCACCGGUCAGUUCCGGGCAUGUCCCUGUGCUGCCAGAGGCAGCUGCAAGGUCCCUGGGGGGUGAGGCCAACCAUGGGCAGCGCCCUGCAGCUGGAACAGUGCUGCAGCAGGCAGGCAGGAGCUUUGGGGGGCACCUGCCGGACACGACGGGGGGGACGGCGUCCCCCACAGACAGUGAGGACGAUGACCUGAUCCCACUGAAGGAUAUGCUGCUAGCAGGGGAUGAGCCCCUGAGCUCUGCGGACCACCAGCAGGUUGUGUGCCCACAGCCGGAUCUGCUUGCCAACAGCCUGGAUUCACUGAUCCAGGAGAAGAGGGAGCAGAGCCAGGCAGCCAUGCUGCAGGCCAGCCUGGCCCGGGUGCACGUGGAUGACGCCAGUGCCUCCGAGUCCGCAGACGAGGACACCCAGCUGCCCGAGGAGUACAGGGAUCUCCUGGCCCGCUUCACCACGAAACCCAGAUUCAUCCCUGCCGUCCACCCCGGGGAGCCCAUCUUCUGCGCCCACCCGGCACCGGCACCCACCCUGGACACCCAGGGGCUGCAGCCUCAGAGCGUGUUGGAGGGGUCCUUCCUCUGCAACUCGCCUGCCUGCCAGGCAACUUUUGUCCGCAACGGGGGCCUCAGCCUCCUCUACCGCUGCGCACCCACCUGCCCGCUGCCUGUCCUGCGCUGGCUCUUCCAGCUGAUGACCCUCUGCCCAGACACGACCAAUGCUUCCCAGGCGCUGUGGGAGAUCUGGCUGAGCACCGGGGGCGAGCCCUGGUGCCCCACGGUGCAGGAGAUCGGUUGGGCUUUCACCCGUCUUGGCGCUGACCUGAGUUCCCUGCGCCGCCAGCGCCUGCUGCCCCCCGAGCUGUGCCCCACGGAGAGGAGGAACCUGGAUCCAUCCUGCUCCCCGAGGCAGGCGAGCCCUGAUGCCACCAGCACACUGGCCCUGGUGACACAGCUCGGUGACAUCUGCAAGUUCUUGGCGCUGUGCGUGGUCACCCAGCCGUGCUGCUAUGCCGACAGUGCCCGCCUGACUCUCAUCACCCUCCUCUCCUUCCUCGGCCUUGACCGGGCGCUCCGCUGCCAGCCCCUGCCUGAACUGCAGCACCUCCUGCACUGCCUGCUGGAGGGCAUCCGGGACUGGCAGGAGCAGCUGCCAGCCCUCUGCCUGUCCCUCUGCCAGCUUUCCCGGCACCACCACAACCUGGUUGCCCUCAUGCGGCUGCUGCCGGACCUCACAAGCAGGGGCAGGGAUCUUCGCCAGCACCUGAGCCUUCACGCCAUGGCCCGGCUGCUGAGGGAGCCACCGGGCACCGUGCCGCCCCCCGGGGCACACGCAGAGCUGCAGGUGCUGGGCCGGUUCCUGGUGCUGGCGCAGCCGGAUACCCUGCGACGUCUGGUGCUCGCCGGGGACCUGGAGGAGCCGGAGGACGCCGACCAGGAGGCUUGCUACCUGAGCUACAGCCUCCUCCUCCUCGCCAGCAACGUGGUGGGCUCCGAGCACCCGCCGGCCGAGCAGCGGGUGAGCACCGGGCCCUGGGGUCACCUGGAGCAGCUCUGCGCCCAGCUGGACCAGCAUUUUGGGAGGGGGCUGCGCGAGGGCAGCGGGCUCCUCUUCCGAACCCAGCUCAAGGGCCUGGCCGCCCUCCUCUACGUCAAGUGGCAGGAGAUGCUGGCCUAG